AUGGGAGAGAUGAUGCCGCUAGUCGGAGGAAUUAGACGCGUCUUCGGCGGCGUCAUCGUAACAGAUGACUUCCUCGAAACGAUGGGCAUCGUCGGCAACGACAAGCUCCAAUCCACCGUCACCGCAAUCUACGACAUUGGCUGCUUCCUCGGCGCAAUUUCCACCAUAUGGAUUGGCGAGCGCCUCGGUCGCAAGAACACUAUUCUCGUCGGCACCACAAUCAUGUCCAUUGGCGCCAUCCUGCAGACCGCCGCUUUUGGCCUCCCGCAAAUGUUCGUCGGCCGUGUCGUCGCGGGUAUUGGGAACGGUAUCAAUACCAGUACCGCUCCGGUGUGGCAGGGCGAGACGAGUAAGGCGAGUUGGCGAGGCAAGUUGAUUGUUAUUGAGAUGAUUAUGAACAUCUUUGGGUUCUCGCUGAGUAACUGGGUCACGUUUGGCUUCUCAUACCUCACCGGCUCCAUCUCAUGGCGCGUUCCCCUGGCCUUCCAGUUCUUCUUCAUCUUCAUCCUCUACGGCACCGUCCCCUGGUUGCCUGAGUCACCUCGCUGGCUCAUGGCUCAAGGCCGCGUCGCCGAAGCCGAACAGAUUCUUGCCGACCUCGAAGACAUGCCUGUCGACGAUGCUUAUAUCCAGACUCAGUCCAAGGACAUUCAGUGGGCCAUCAACUACGAAAGAGAGAAUACCGUCCCCUGGUCGGACCUCCUCCGAGGCCGGACCGGCGAGUCGUCGGGAACGUCCACCAUCCGGCGUAUAUUCCUCGGGUGUGGAACCCAGGCCAUGCAACAAUUUUCCGGAAUUAAUGUUACAAGUUACUAUUUGCCCCUCGUUCUCAUCAAUUCCGUCGGUUUGGACAAUAAACUAGCGAGGUUACUGGCGGCGUGUAACUCCGUCAGCUACUUCUUGUUCAGUUUGAUUGGAAUUCCCAACGUGGAGAGAUGGGGAAGGCGAAAGAUGAUGAUGUACGGUGCUUUUGGCCAAUUCAUGUGCUACGCCGUCAUUACCAUCUGUAUUCGUUACAAUGAAAUGGCUGGCCUGGCACCAGAGACGCAGUCCCAGUGGGCAAAGGCUUCCAUCGCCUUCUUCUUCUUGUACUAUGUCUUCUUUGGCAUUUGCUGGCAGGGUGUGCCUUGGCUGUACCCCACCGAGAUCAACAGCUUGUCCAUGCGUACAAAGGGAGCCGCUCUCGGCACCGCAACGAAUUGGAUUGUCAACUUCAUGGUCGUCGAGAUCACACCACCAGGCAUCUCUUCCCUCGGCUGGCAAUUCUACAUCAUCUGGACAGUCUUCAACUUCUCCUUCAUCCCCAUCGUCUAUCUCUUCUACCCCGAAACAGCAGACCGCUCCCUCGAGGAUGUGGACCGUUUUUUCGCAGACAACCACGAUAUUUUCGUCUUCCGCGACAAGGACGCCACAAGCUCAAAGCGGCCGAUGAAGUACAUCGCGCAGGAAGAGGAGGCGAUCACGAAGCGGAACAGUCGGGGCGGUGUGCCUGGUGCUGAGGAGGAGGAUAUGUUGAGGCGAAGAGGGGCUGUGGAGAAGAUGAAGAAGAGGCGUGAGGAUGAAGAGCUGGCGUUCGGAGAGCAUAAGGAGAGAAGAUAG